AUGGCACGGCGGUUAAGAUUGCAUUUUGCUACACAGAGAAGCAACACAGAUCCGUUGUCAGAAACCUCUGAAGAUGUGUUGGAUAGUAACAGUUGUAUGUACUUCCAAAAAUCGCAGAAUUGUGCGCCCAGUGUCACACGAAUGAAGCUUACUCCUAGACAAAUUACUUGUGCACCUGUAGUGCGACACGUAAUUGAUCAAGAGGAAAACGCAACUGUUCCUUCAUCGCAAAUAAAAAAGAGCACCUCACUGCAUAUUUCCUUACAGUCUAGAAAGUACGGUGAAUGUUUUCAGUCUGGUGACCUUGUAGCUACUGGUGAAGAUGCUUCAUUCAUUGCUGUUGGUAACGAAGGAAAUUGUGGUGCUAGAAUUGUGGUUGAUCAUCGAUUUAAUGACAGCCUUCUGAGCAGUAUUGCAGCCAGUGACAGUGGAUCGUUCAGCAGCGCUGGCAGUGACUAUGGAUCAUGUGCAAGUACCACAAGCGAUGGAGGUUCAUAUAGUAACAGUGUCAUCAGCGACAGUGGCAGUGGCACUCUUUUGACAAGCGAUGCUACUUUCUCUAGUAGUGUUUUACAUGGCGAUUCUUCAUAUAGAAGCACUGCAAACAACCGUAAUCCCUAUAGGAACAACUUGCCUCAGGAAACCCUGCAUAGAAGUAGUACUACUUCUGACCCAGAUGCUUUGUCAGUGAGGAAGAAAACUAAAAUUCCACUGCGACGUUGUUCGUCUCUGGUUAUUUUCCCUAGGAGUCCUUCCAGUACUCCUCCAGCUUCUCCGGUAAGCUUAACCCAAUUACCACAUAGAGGCACCUAUCAAACAUCCCAUAAACUAAUUAUUUCUCCUAGCGAGCUGGCACAGAAAGAAGAUCAAACCAUUUCAAAGGGAUUCCUUUCAACAGCAGUCAAUGGACUUCGACUGUCUAAAACAGUUUGCUCGUCUGGCGAAGUCAGAGACAUUCGACCACUUUACUUGAAUGCAUCGUUACGGGACAAAAGUCAAAUUUUGAAUAGGUCUGAGCAGGCAACUUGUGAAGAUGUAUCUGAUGGCUUCUCUUGUGUUUCAGUUCAUCUCACUCAAAGAGCAUUUGCGUCGAGCAGUGAAGUGGUUAAUGGCUGUUGCAGUCCAGAGUUAGAACGGAACUCCAGUGCAAAAUACCCUCAUUUAAAACUGGCACGUAGCACUUCUGCAUGUUUACCCUCAAAAGAAUAUCAGCUUAAUGCAAAUGAGCUAGAAAGCCCAAAUGCACCGAUGAGCAAAGCCCACCAUGUUUUGCAAAGAAGUGUUUCGUUGGAAGGAUCACGUCAAAAAGUUUCUUGCUCUUUAUCCAGCCUUAAAUACAAGUGUCACAGUGCACGGACGUCUCAGUUGCACAUACAGUUCAAACCUGGGAACGAGGGAAAACCAACUGGUGUUAAGAAAAGAUACGGAACCUCUAAAAGGGAAAUGCCUAGCACUUCUUUGUGGAGGCCCCAUAAGACUCGAGAUGAUUUUCUUGGGCAAGUGGAUAUUCCUCUUUAUCAGUUACCGACAGAAAAUCCAAGUAUGGAGAGACCAUAUACAUUUAAAGAUUUUGUUCUUCAUCCAAGAAGCCAUAAAUCGAGAGUUAAAGGCCACCUUAGAUUAAAAAUGACUUACUUACCUAAAAACAAUGGGUCUGAAGAAGAAACGACAGAACAGGCUGAAGAAUUAGAGCCUGGGUGGAUUAUACUGGACCAACCAGAUGCUGCUAGCCAGCCACAACAGCAGCAGCAGGGAUCUCCUCCGCUGCCUUCGGGCUGGGAAGAGAGGCAAGACAUCCUCGGCAGGACCUACUACGUCAAUCAUGAAUUCAGAAGAACACAGUGGAAAAGACCAACUGCUCAGGACAACAUAGCUGUUGCAGAUAUCGGUAAUGUGCAGCUGGAGGCCCAGCAUGUGUUCGCUCAUCGGCGACAGAUAUCGGAGGAUACGGAAAAUCUAGACAGCAGAGAUUCCCCUGAGAGCUGGGAAAUUAUAACUGAAGAUGAAGCAACAAUGUAUAGCAAUCAGAACCUUCAGAUACCUCUCUCACAGAGUAAUUGUGAUAUACAGAGUCAUCUUGCAGAAGAAUUGAAUGCCAGACUUACUACCUCUGGAAGUUCAGCUGCUGUCCAGUCAGCAGCCUUCACUAACCAUUCCAGCAGAAGAGGUAGUCUGCAAACAUACAGACCUGAAGAGCAGCCGGCACAUCCAGUGUUACUGCCUACUUCAUCUGGAUUACCCCCAGGCUGGGAAGAACGACAAGAUGAAAAAGGGAGGUCAUAUUACAUAGAUCACAAUUCUAGAACCACUACCUGGAUAAAGCCAGUUGUACAGAUUGCUACGGAAACAGCUCAGGUGUCAGCUGCGCAAAGUGUUACUAUAGGAAGACAACCCCAAGCAACAUCAAGUGAUUCAUCACAGCAGUCUUCACAGCAGCAGCCUGAAAUGGAGCAAGGAUUUCUCCCUAAAGGCUGGGAAGUCCGGCAUGCACCGAAUGGGAGAGCAUUCUUUAUUGACCACAAUACCAAAACUACAACAUGGGAGGAUCCAAGACUGAAAAUUUCUGCUCAUCCGAGGAGAAAGACUUCCCUAGAUCCAGUAGACCUGGGCCCAUUACCGCCAGGGUGGGAAGAGAGAACCCACACUGAUGGAAGAAUAUUCUUCAUUAACCACAAUACAAAGAAAACACAAUGGGAGGAUCCUCGACUGCAGAGUGUGGCAAUAACUGGACCAGCUGUGCCUUACUCCAGGGACUAUAAGCGGAAGUAUGAGUUCUUCAGAAAGAAAUUGAAGAAACAGAGUGAUAUUCCGAAUAGAUUUGAAAUGAAAAUUCAUCGCACAACAAUCCUUGAAGAUUCUUAUAGAAGAAUCAUAGCUGUAAAGAGAGCGGAUUUCCUUAAAGCAAGACUUUGGAUUGAAUUUGAUGGUGAAAAAGGUUUAGACUACGGAGGAGUGGCCAGAGAAUGGUUCUUCCUUCUCUCUAAAGAAAUGUUUAAUCCUUAUUAUGGAUUGUUUGAAUAUUCAGCUACAGACAACUAUACUCUGCAGAUCAAUCCAAACUCUGGACUUUGCAAUGAAGAUCAUCUCUCUUACUUCAAGUUUAUAGGUCGUGUAGCUGGAAUGGCUGUUUACCAUGGCAAACUUUUGGAUGCCUUUUUCAUUCGUCCUUUUUACAAGAUGAUGCUCCAGAAACCAAUAACGCUUCAUGAUAUGGAGUCUGUGGAUAGUGAAUAUUACAAUUCUCUGAGAUGGAUUCUUGAAAAUGAUCCAGCAGAACUGGACCUCAGAUUUAUAGUUGAUGAAGAGCUUUUUGGUCAGACCCAUCAACAUGAACUGAAAAGUGGUGGAUCCGAAAUAGUUGUCACCAACAAGAACAAGAGAGACUACAUUCAUCUCGUGAUUCAGUGGAGGUUUGUGAGCAGAGUACAGAAACAAAUGGCAGCCUUUAAAGAGGGCUUUUUUGAACUAAUACCACAGGAUCUGAUUAAAAUUUUUGAUGAAAAUGAGCUAGAGUUAUUAAUGUGUGGACUGGGAGAUGUGGAUGUGGCUGAUUGGAAACUACAUACAAAAUACAAAAAUGGCUACAACAUAAACCAUCAAGUAAUACAGUGGUUCUGGAAGGCAGUCUUAAUGAUGGACUCUGAAAAGAGAAUAAGAUUGCUUCAAUUUGUUACUGGCACAUCACGCGUACCUAUGAAUGGGUUUGCUGAGCUGUAUGGUUCAAAUGGACCGCAGUUGUUUACAGUUGAACAGUGGGGAACCCCUGAAAAACUGCCAAGAGCUCACACCUGCUUUAAUCGCUUGGAUUUGCCUCCAUAUGACUCGUUUGAAGAUUUAUGGGAUAAACUUCUUCUAGCGAUUGAAAAUACUCAGGGUUUUGAUGGGGUUGAUUAA